CAAUUCUCGUUUCCUUUCCCACACCGCUUUCGAGCACUUGACGCUUCUCUGCAACUCUUCUCAAAUUACAAUCCCAACAAGAUUCCACAGCUCAAUGCAACUUCUGUUCUUAAAGCGGAAUCAAUCAACCCUCGAUCCAGCUUGUUAUUGAGACAAUUUGCUAGUUAAUGUUUUUCCUCAAACCCUUCUGAGUAGGCUACUUUUCGACAGGUGUUUUGGGCAGAGUGCCCGGAAUAAAAAAUGUCCAAUGGGAAAAAUGCACCUGCGGCGGCUAAGUAAGUUUCAACGUCGGGACAGCUUGGCCUACUACACUGAACUUUAAAAAUAUAUAUAUAUAUUGGUUGUUCGGUUUAUAUAGUUAUUCAACAUCAAUUUAAUUCAUGUAAAUACGCAGAUUUAUUUUAAAUAUUGUCAAUAAAAGUACUUAGUGAUCAGGUAACUUUGUUACAUUACUUUAUUCAGAAGUUAUUUAAGAUAUUUAAAAAGUUAUUUUCCUCUUUACAUUGGUGUUGUGUUGACAUUGAGGUGGACAGAGUCAAGAUGGUAGUUUAACAAUAAUAUUUUGUGAGGUUUUAUUUGAGAAAUGUAUUUUGGAUUGAGUACAUCCAAUUCAUGACUAAUCAAAUAAUUCAACAAAAGACCAGUCAAUGCAUGAAUAGCUGAAGAUAUCUUAUUUAUUUUAGCAUGACUCUCUCCUCCUUUCUAACUUAUUCCUGUCAAGUGAAGUGUAGUUUCAGUUUAGUGCUUGUUUAUUUCAUGUUUCCACAUAUUACUCCUCACAACAUAUGUUUUAUGUUGAGCUCUUUGUGGAGGGGGAAAUCCACUGUAGUUAUCUUGAAGUUGUACAAGAAGGCAGGUUUUCUUAGAUCAUCUUGCAGCUGAUUUCUAAGAGUUCUGGCUCUAAAUAAAUGCAUACAUUUGAGAAUUUUGACAGGACUAGCUUGGCGAAAAGGAUAUUCUUAAAGGUUCUUUUUACAAUACAUCAGAGAGCUUCAGAUCCAUCCGUGCCAGGUUUUAAUGUUAUGUGCACACGUACAAGGAAAUGCAUUUCUUGCAAGCUCUAAACCCAACAAUGCAGUAAUGAAGGUAAGAGACACUGUGAGCAGUGUGUGAAGGGUGCUGUGAACAGGUGGGUGCAUGUGUAUUGACACGAUUGCAGGCAACUUACCUUACCUAUGGGCCUUAGAGCCCUUCCAUUACCUAUUUUCUUUCUCUCUCAGGAAGAGAGACAAUACUAAAGCUGAUACUUACUGUCAUGUAACCAUUGUAGUGUGUGUGCGCAGUUCCUCACAGAUGACCCUGCAGGUGUGCCUUGAGGAGUGUAUGGAGGCCCUGGACCUCUUCCUCAACAACCACUUCAGUGAGAGCCUGGACAAACUGCGGCCACGGGUGAAAGAGAGCAUGUACCAUGCUCUGAUCUACGCCACUGUGCUGGAGAUGCAGGCUAUGAUGACCUUCCAGCAGGACGACAUCGUCAAUGCAGGCAACACCAUGAAGAGUGCCCAGGAGGUCUGCCAGAGGUUUCGACGAAAGUCCCCUAGCAAUAUCAGUAAAUCACCUGGAGAGCGUCUAACUGAAGAGCAGCUCCAAGCUCUCCAUGCUGAUGCUUGUUAUGCUGAAUGCUUGCUCCAAAGGGCUGCUCUCACCUUCUUACAGGAUGAGAACAUGGUGAGUUUUAUCAAAGGAGGAAUCAAAGUACGCAACAGUUACCUGAUUUACAAGGAGCUGCACACCUUCCUACAGUCUAACAGCUCUCUCCAAGGACCCAACCACAUUCACUUAGAGGGAGGGGUGUCUUUUGGGAUCGGCGCAUUCAACUUGACUCUUUCCAUGUUUCCACCUCGGUUACUCAAAAUGUUAGAGUUUGCUGGCUUCUCUGGAGACAAGGAGUAUGGUCUGUCCCAGCUGAAUGAUGGUGCCACUACAAACAACCUGCGCUCCAUGCUGUGUGCCUUGCUGUUGCUCUGUUACUACACCUUCCUCACCUUCAUACUCGGGACCGGUGAGGGGGACGUGGCUGAUGCUGAGAAGCUGCUGAAGCCUUUCCGGCUCCGCUACCCACAGGGGGCCAUAUUUCUCUUCUUCGCAGGCAGGGCUGAGGCAAUCAAGGGGAACAUUGAUGAGGCGGUGGUGCUGUUUGAGGAUGGCUGCAAAGCUCAGCAACAGUGGAAGCAGUUCCACCACAUGUGCUACUGGGAGCUGAUGUGGUGCUUCACCUACAAGUGCGUGUGGAGGAUGGCCUACUUCUACGCUGACCUACUGAGCAAUGAGAGCCGCUGGUCCAAGGCCAUGUAUGUGUACAUGAAGGCUGCUUACCUGAGCAUGCUUGCCUCGGGGGAGGCUAGGCCUUUUGGGGAAGAUGAGGUGGAGCUUUUCAGACAGGUGUCUACUUUCAAGCAAAAGAUAGCAGGGAAGUCUCCACCCACAGAGAAGUUUGCCAUUCGCAAGGCUAGACGUUACAAAGCUAGCUGCCCGGUGAGGCUCCCAGUACCUGUGCUGGAGAUGAUGUACAUGUGGAACGGCUUCUCCAUGAUCAGCAAGCGGCCAGAGCUCACCGAGGGUGUUCUGCAGACACUGGUGGAGGCAGAGCGCACCCUGCUGGAAUCCCCCGCGAAUGAGUAUUCAAUGGAUGACCGCUGUGUGAUCCACCUACUGAAGGGGCUGUGUCUGAAGAACCAGCAACGCAUUCAGGCUGCAGAGGAAUGCUUCAACAAGGUGUACAACAGUGAGAAGAAGAUCAAGUUUGACCAUUACCUGGUGCCCAACGCUCUGCUGGAGCUCAGUGUGGUCUACAUGGACACGGGCCGCAAGGACGAGGCCAUCAAACUACUGGUAAAAGCCAAAACUAACUACAAGGAGUAUUCCAUGGAGUCACGCACCCAGUUCAGGAUCCAUGCUGCUCUCUCCAAACUCAAGGCUGACACUAGUGACCAAGAUGAAAUCACACCACUGUAGUAUAACAGGUGACAUUGUGCUGAGCAAGCACUGGACUUGCUUCCCCUGCCAUGUGUAGACGUUCCAGGAAGACUUGCUCUAUUUUACAUCCUCAGCCACUUUGAUCACUGCCUCCAAAUCAUUUUACAUUUUUAGUCAUUUAGCAGACGCUCUUAUCCAGAGCGACUUACAGUAGUGAAUGCAUACAUUUCAUACAAUUUUUUUCUUUUUUUCUUCCCGUACUGGUCCCCCGUGGGAAUCGAACCCACAACCCUGGCGUUGCAAACACCAUGUUCUACCAACGGGACCACUUGGUUUGUGGUGAAAGUCUCCGUCCUUCAUGGAAGGUGGUCUCUCCCUGAUUAAAACACUUGAGUUUUCAAUGGGAGUUGGUAGAAGUUGCCUUUACCUGCUGGUUCUAGAUCAGAGGCAUUUUAUCCACCUACUUACUGGGUGAUGAACACCCUGAUCCUACAUCUGUGGUUAGGUUCUAUCUUCAGUGUUUGAAUGUGUGGUACUUAUAUCACUGUACUGGUUACCCAUAACAGUAGAUGGGAGGCAGUUGCUCAACAAUUUGAAUACAGUAUAUCCACAAUUUUUGUGGGGAAAAACAUGUUGAAAUGAACUUAUGAACAAUGUAAGUAAUGUUCGUAUGUUCUGAUAUGUGAGGUAGAGUUUUGCUUUUAACUUCUCCAAAAGGGAUUGAGUAUUACUGUAAGCAUUUUGACAAAAGCACCCAUUUAGUGAUAACUGAAUAAGACAGACGUAUGACAUUGCUUUGAUCCCAGAGUUAUUUUAACAAAUGUAUUAACAUUUAUGUAUUAGUAGAAGAACCUUAGGUUAUGCUACAUUUGUUUUAUGUACAGUUGAAGUCAGAAGUUUACAUACAGCUUAGCCAAAUACAUUUAAACUCAGUUUCACAAUUCCUGACAUUUAAUCCUAGUAAAAAUUCCCUGUCUUAGGUCAGUUAGGAUCACCACUUUAUUUUAAGAAUGUGUAAUGUCAGAAUAAUAGUAGAAUGAUUUAUUUCAGCUUUUAUUUCUCAUCACAUUCCCAGAGGGUCAGAAGUUUACAUACACUCAAUUAGUAUUUGGUA